AUCUCAGGGCCCCGCCACAGGCUUUCCUGUGUCACUGCCGCAGGCAGGCCACCGAGCUCCAGGAGGAGGACCGAGCUCCAGGAGGAGGACCGUGAGGACUCGGAUGAAGAACGGGCUCCGAGGCAGCAAGUGAAACCUUGGGUGGCCUUCAGAAGGGAACACAGUAAACACCAGAAGGCAACAUCCAGGGUGCCAUUAAGCAAUGAAUAUAGUUUGAAGGAAUUGUCAGGAACAGCAAAUUUGAUGACUGCAAGUGACUCAGAGCAUGCCCAGAAACCAGUGUCCCCUCCUAGAGAAGCAUGUGCUUUUGGAAAGCACACUAGACAAAAAUCAGAACUCGGGAGAAAGGAGAUGGACAUGAAGUUGUACGGCCUACAAGAAAGAAAGGGCCAUGUGUACCAAGAGGUCAACAAUCCCCAGGACGAUGACUACCUUUAUUGUGAGAAGUGUCAGAACUUCUUCAUCAACAGCUGUGCUGUGCAUGGGCCCCCUACAUUUGUAAAGGACACUGCAGUGGACAAGGGGCAUCCCCACCGCUCAGCCCUCACCCUGCCCCCUGGGUUGAGAAUCGGGCCAUCGGGCAUCCCUGAGGCUGGGCUUGGAGUGUGGAAUGAGGCAGCAGACUUGCCAGUGGGUCUGCACUUUGGCCCUUAUGAAGGACACAUCACAGAAGAUGAAGAGGCAGCCAAGAGCAGAUACUCCUGGCUGAUCACCAAAGGGAGAAACUGCUAUGAGUAUGUGGAUGGAAAGGACAGGUCCUGGGCCAACUGGAUGAGGUAUGUGAACUGUGCCCGGGAUGAUAAAGAGCAGAACCUGGUGGCCUUUCAGUACCACAGGCAGAUUUUCUACCGAACCUGCCGGGUCAUCAGGCCGGGCUGUGAGCUGCUGGUCUGGUUCGGGGGCGAGUAUGGCCAGGAGCUGGGCAGCAAGUGGGGCAGCAAGUGGAAGACAGAGCGCGCAGCCAGGACAGCAGAACCAAAGCCAGAGGUGCACCCAUGUCCCUCCUGCUCUCUGGCCUUCUCCAGUCAGAAAUUCCUCAGCCAACACGUGAAACUCAAUCAUCCCUCUCAGAUCCUCCUGGGAACAUCUACAAGAAAACACCUCCAAGCAGAGGAACCCUGUCCAGAGGAUCAGAAUCAGCAGCAGCAACAUAGUAGUACACACAGCUGGAAUGAUAAAGCUGAAGGUCAAGAGGUCAAAGAAAGGUCCAAACUUUUGCUUAAAAGGAUCAAUCAGAGGAGAAUCUCAAGACCCUUUUCCCAACCUUCCAAAGAACAAAUGAGCUCUAGUAAGCAUGAGAGAAUGAUGGAGGGAGAACCUCGCAGAGGCCAGAAAGAGAGUCCAGAGGACACAGGCAAGUUAUUUCUGAAAGCAAGAAUGUCAAAAAUUGUAACAAUAGAGCACGGAGGGUGUCGGCAAGGCUUCAAUGAUGGGUCACAUCUCUUCAGACACCAGACACAUUCAGGGGAGAAGACCUAUGUUUGUAGGGAGUGUGGGCGAGGCUUUACGUGGAAGUCAAAUCUCAUUAGACACCAGAGGACACACUCUGGGGAGAAACCCUAUGUUUGCAGGGAGUGUGGGCGAGGCUUUACAUACAAGCCAGUUCUCAUCACACACCAGAGGACACACUCAGGGGAGAAGCCCUAUGUUUGCAGUGAGUGCGGGCGAGGCUUUACAGGCAAGUCAGGUCUCAUCACACACCAGCGGAAACACUCUGGGGAGAAGCCCUAUGUUUGCAGGGAGUGUGGGCGAGGCUUUACACAGAAGUCACAUCUCAUCAUACACCAGAGCACACACUCGGGAGAGAAGCCCUUUGUUUGCAGGGAAUGUGGGCAAGGCUUUACAUGGAAGUCACAUCUCCUUAGACACCAGAGAACACACUCAGGGGAGAAGCCCUAUGUUUGCAGGGAGUGUGGGCGAGGCUUUACAGACAAGUCAACUCUCAGCACACACCAGAGGACACACUCAGGGGAGAAGCCCUAUGUUUGCAGGGAGUGUGGGCGAGGCUUUACAUGGAAGUCAAAUCUCCUCAGACACCAGAGGACACACUCUGGGGAGAAGCCCUAUGUUUGCAGGUAGAGUACUGAGUCAUUAGCAUUAAGUUGCAUAUCAACAGCCAUAGGAAGUCUAUAGGGGCUUACACUCCCCAAGAGUAUAAUUAGUACAGAAAUAACUGGUUAAACAAACCCUCCAGUUUCAUGACAAGAGAUGAGAUAGACAACAGUGAUAUGGGAAUGUGAGCACCAAUCUCAUUCUCCCCAUCACUGAAAGCAGAGGUUUCCUGAAGAGCCACAAAAACUCAUACUCUCAGCCACAGGAAUUGAACUCCUGCAAAUGUAAA